GUAGGAGCGGGGAAAGCAGGCAGAGCGGAGGCUUGGCCGGCAGGCAGGCACACUUCACUUGUUCCUGCACGGACAAAAACAAACAGAAACCCAGGAGAGAGCGUCUGUGCGCCGACUUUAUCACAGAGGAGGACUUUACCUGAGAGGACAUACAACCACAUCUCCCACUGCCCUGCGAGAGCGAGGGAGGGAGAACUUUUGACUUAUCGCUCCGUGAUUUAUUGAACCACAUCCGCGUAACCUUGGAAGUCAGACCUGCUUAUUGUGAGAGAGGAUGGGAUCGCUACUCCUUGUCCUCGCGCUCUGUCUGAGCGCCGCUGUCCCGCAGCACGCGAGAGAAGCAGAUGGUGAGGAACCAACUUCAGCAGGUCCUUGCCAUCCAAACCCCUGUCACAACAGAGGAACAUGCGAGAUCAGUGAGACCUACAGAGGGGACACCUUCAUCGGCUACGUGUGCAAGUGUCCACCAGGCUUCAGCGGAGUCCACUGCCAACACAAUAUUAAUGAAUGCGAAAGGGACCCAUGCAAGAAUGGAGGCAUUUGCACUGAUCUGGUGGCCAACUAUUCCUGUGACUGCCCAGGAGAAUACAUGGGAAGGAACUGUCAAUACAAGUGCUCUGGACCACUGGGCAUGGAGGGCGGCAUAAUCUCCAACCAACAGAUAACAGCCUCCUCCACCCACCGUGCUCUCUUUGGCUUGCAGAAAUGGUACCCGUACUUUGCACGCCUCAACAGGAAGGGCCUGGUCAAUGCCUGGACUGCUGCCGAGAAUGACAGAUGGCCGUGGAUCCAGAUCAACCUGCAGAGGAGAAUGAGGGUCACCGGACUAAUCACUCAGGGUGCAAAGCGUAUCGGCAGCCCGGAGUAUGUGAAGUCUUACAAAGUAGCCUACAGUGAUGAUGGAAAGACCUGGAGAACAUACAAAGUCAAGGGCAAAGAUGAGGAUAUGAUUUUCAGAGGAAACGUCGAUAACAACGCUCCAUCAGCCAACUCCUUCACCCCUCCCAUUGAGGCCCAGUACGUGCGCAUUUACCCACAAGUCUGCAGGAGGCACUGUACCCUACGCAUGGAGCUGCUUGGAUGUGAGCUUACAGGCUGCUCUGAACCCCUUGGAAUGAAGUCAGGUCAUAUCCAGGACUACCAGGUCACAGCCUCCAGCAUCUUCAGGACUCUCAACAUGGACAUGUUCACCUGGGAGCCUGGAAAGGCCCGUUUGGACAAACAGGGCAAGGUCAAUGCCUGGACAGCUGGACACAGCGACCAGUCACAGUGGCUACAGGUGGACCUGCUGGUGCCCACAAAGGUCACUGGCAUCAUCACCCAGGGAGCUAAAGACUUUGGCCAUGUCCAGUUUGUUGGCUCUUACAAAGUGGCGUACAGUAACGAUGGAGAGCGGUGGAAAGUAUAUCAAGAUGAGAAACAAGGAAAGGACAAGGUAUUCCAGGGAAACUUUGACAAUGACACGCACAGAAAGAACGUGAUAGAUCCACCCAUCUACGCUCGGCUCAUCCGGAUCCUCCCCUGGUCGUGGUACGGCAGGAUCACUUUGCGUGUAGAGAUACUGGGAUGCACAGAGGAAGAGUGAAGACCUUUUUUCCUCCAUCUUUUUUCCGCCAUCGUCCCCUGUCCCUUGGCAUACUGGAUUAUCUUACCCAGUAUUUCAGAAAGAAACUGUGCAACCUGUAAAAAGAAAUCAAUUUACAAUGGAUUUUUCAAGAAUACGUGUUUGGUUGUGGUGGGUUGCUGUUUGUUCUUUUGUACAAUGAUUUCAGACCUACCCCUGAUCCACUUUUAGUCUUUGAGUUUCCUCUUUAAAGCGUGAUCUUUGUCUUUUUAUUCUUCUCAAGAGUCACCAUCCUGUUUGGAAUGAACUUCUGUAAAAUAUAAGGGGGGGCAGAGUUGGGGAUGGAGUCAGGAAAGGGGGUCCUGAUGUGAUUUUAACUUAAUGCCAUGAAAGCUAUUGUACAGUGUCACUUUUUGACAAAGAUGUGAAACUUGUCUUCUGUGCUUCAUUGAACAUGAUUAACCCACUUCAUAACAUUAUAAUCUGUCUGAAAUACCAUGUAGAAAUCACCUGUCAUCACAUUAUCAAAUAUAUUUUUAUUUGGAUUCCUACACUUCCUCAAGCCAUGCUUUUACCUGAACAGACACUGGCAUUACUACAUCAAUCCAAACACUAUUAAUGCUCUUGUAUAAUAUGUAAAAGACUAAGAAAUUGCAUGGUGCGUGAAUUAUACAUGUAUAUUAUGACAAAUCAUUUAAAACCUGCAGCCUUGAGAGCAAUGGCUUUGAUUUAGGGACCUAUUUUUAUGUGCAUUUUUAAACAGUUCUGAAACAUUAAUAUACACUGCAAAAGCUUACCUAGGAUGACAGAUAGGUGCGGCUAUAAACAAGCUCUGCAGUGACGUGCAGGGCUGCAGCACUGACACUGAGGCUUAUAGGCUGUCUGUUUUCUUUUUCGUUGUCUUUUUUCUUACUUUUUGAUUGCAUCACUUUUCUAUUGGAAAUAUUGUUUGUGCUUUUUUUGUAUUUAUUUAGGUUUAUUUGUCUCAUCUGUCUGAUGCAUAAAAUCCUUUUGUAAUGUCUUUGUUUUGUCAUGGAGAUCUACGUUAAAUCAAUUAAAAAAGCUCAGGAUAGAUGUCAAUCACAACAACCCACAAGUGUUUAACUUUUGGCCACAAAGUGUGUAAUAUUAUUUAAAUAAAUGUCAAAUAAGUAAUAUCAGUUAUUUAUAUUACACCCAUAUAUGCAUUUUUCAAAUAUUCAUAGCAUUCUUUAUUGCCUUGAUAGAUAAUAUUACGGUUUAUUAAUAAUUUUAUUUGAAAAGAGAGCUGAUUUCAAAGAUUUAGAAGAUUAUAAGUGUUGUUAUUAACUGGAAUAUAAAAUAAGAAUCUUCAGCUGUAUUAUAGCACAAAGCUCUAAAUUGAUUAUGGGAAGGGUCUUUAUUUCAGGGAAUCUAUUAGACAUGAUAUUAGCACAAAGAGUAAGGAAAUUUGAGUUAGGUAGAUUAUUUCUUUAUUGUAUCAAUACUUCUUGGCAAUAAGUCUUAUACAGUUGGAAAGCCUGUUUAUUUCCCCUUUAAAUGGUGCCACAUUUGUAAGGAACAUGCAUUUGUGGGAUGAGCAGCAGAGCUUAGUAUGUAGGUUGCACCCAUUAAACAUCUCUGCCAAUGCUGUUGCUACUGACUCUUGUUUUGAGCUUCUGGUACCCCUAGGUGCUGACAAUCAGGUCCAAUCCUGAUUGGCACCUGAGUAUCAGCACCUGUGGGCAUGGGCCAUGUCAAAGUGUCUGCUCCAAGAAUCAGCCUGCCACAUUUGACUGAUCCAGAUAGGGCCCAUGCGAUAAGGCAACUUCAAGCAGGUGUUUCCCAAAACCAAGCUGCAUUAUUAUUUGAAGUGAGCCCUAGUAACAUCUCCAAUCUGAAGGUCAAGUUCCAUAUAACGGGGAUUUUAGAGACAGGCCGUAAAGUGGGCAUCCCAAGACCGUUUCAAGAGUUGAGAUUUGCAGGGCGAUAUGGCUGACGGUUCUCUGCCCAGACAAUCCAGAACAGACUGUAUGCAGCCAAUCUCAAGUCUCAUAGGGCUGCCAGGAAGAAAUUGUCCUUUACUUUCAGGCCCAAUACUACUGGUGUCUGCAACACAUGCACUGGAACCUGAACAUGAGGAGGAAUGUUAUGUUCAGAUUUUGCCUACAGCAGUUUGAUCAUAGGAUCAAAGAAUGCUAUGCUGAUUUCUGUAUCAAUAGAGUAACAUAUUUUGGUGGAGGCAGGGUGAUGGUGUGGGUCAAUAUCUUGUUACAGCGAAGAAAUAAUCUAACACAAAUAUCCUUAUUCUUUGUGCUAAGUUUAUAGAGGUUGCAAGGUACUGUCACAUGAAAAAGCAGCACUCUGCAUUAUCAGGCUGCUAUUGUAGACAUAUUAAGGUUACAGGAUGCUGUUUGUUAAAUUUUCUAUGAGUUAUAUCCUGCAGUAUAGGGAACAGCGAUACUCAGUUGGUUACAUAAAAUAAAGCAAACAAGUACCUGAAGCAUCACAGCAGUGUCAACACUUCUUCACGGGUAAAAAAAAAAAAGAAAAAAAAAAGAAGCACUGGAUUACUUCAGUGCUUUCCACCCUCGACUAGUUUUCCCAGAGCUCUCGAGUGCUACAAUAACAGCUUCAGGGAGCUGUGUCUACUCUUAUGCUUCGUGUUUCACCUGUCAGGUUUCAGUCACUAAACUAACAAAUGAUUUCAUGUAGUGAAAUAUAACGUCUUUGUUGUGAGAUCACAGCCCAGCCUGAAAUAAAGUCAGACUUUUACAAACCAUGAUUAUUUUGACGCCUUUCUGAAUCAUUUUAAUCAGAACUUGAUUAGAAAUAGAACCGUGACGUUUCUCAAACAGCAUUAGGUUCUUUUAUAUACACAGUGCUUAACAAAUUUAUUAGACCACCACCCACAGUAAGGUUUAUGUCACAGCUGCCCUAAAUUAACGGCAUUGGUAAUUACCAAAAUCAUUUUUUAUGUCUCUGCAAUGGUUAAAACACCAAUUAUGUAGAAGCUCUUUAACCCAAAUGAUAUUUUUAAUGCUAAAAUAUAAUUGUUGUUGUUAUCCAUUAAUUUUCAAAUUAACUGAUUUACAAAAAAACUGACAAAAAUA